UCCCAGCGGCGAGAGAGAGCGGCCGGGGACCCAGGAGGAAUUUCUUCGCCUUUUCAGCGGAGGCUUAGAGGAACCGUGCCGUAGUGGGAGCUGAUAGUUUGGGAGUCUUGGGCCGGUGGAAGCCGAGGAGGGAUGAACGUCUGAAGCGGCACUUGACAGCUCUAUUGUCUCAGUAUGAGACGUUCGUAGAAGGUCCUGAAUCUCGACGACGCUCUCGCAGAGUAGAUGGAGGAGUCAGAGAAUGAGUGCAACUGUGCGGGCUGUGGAGGAAAGAUUCAAGACUCGUUUCACAUGAAAGUCCUCCAGGACACCUGGCACAGCGCCUGCUUUCAGUGCUCUGUGUGCUCCGACCACCUCACUAACUGGUACUUUGAGAAGGAUGGCAAGCUGUACUGUCGGAAGCACUACUGGGAGAAGUUUGGCGAGCUUUGCCAUGGCUGCUCUCUGCUCAUGACUGGACCUGCAAUGGUGGCUGGAGAGUACAAGUACCACCCUGAGUGUUUUGUGUGUCUGAGGUGCAAGGUGGUGAUUGAGGACAGGGACACAUACGCCUUGGUCGAGAGGUCAAAGCUCUACUGUGGACAGUGCUACAAGCAGGUGGUCCUCACCCCCAUGUUGGAAAAACGCUCACACGACUCCAUCCUCGACUCGCUGCCCCACACCGUGACCCUCAUCUCCAUGCCGUCCGCCGCCAACGGCAAGAGGGGCUUCUCCGUCUCAGUGCUGAGGGGCAGCAACGGGGCAGCCAGCGUUAUGGUCAAAGAAGUCAGAGGGAUGCUUAUUAGUCCAGAAGUGCGAAAUGCUAUCCAUGUCGGAGACAGGAUCUUGGAGAUUAAUGGCCUUCCUGUUGGGACGCUGAUGGAGAAUGAGGUUGACGAUCUCAUUCACCGAACCAGCCACACGCUGCAGCUGCUCAUCGAAUAUGACCCAGUCAGGCAGCAUCUAGACCGGCUGAGACUGGGGUCGCCCAGAAACCAGCUCGGAGUCCCAGCCACCUCCCGCAUGCGGCUAUCCUCACCGUCCGACGCCGUCCUGGAGAGGACAGAUGUGACUGACGACUGCACUCUUAAAAGGAGGUCUUUAAGACGCAGUAACAGCAUAUGCAAGUCACCCGGGCCAAAUUCUCCCAAAGAGUGCCCUUUCAUCGGAAAAGACAUCGGACGCUCCGAAUCCCUGAGAUCCUCCCGUAGCUGCUCUCAUCGCAUUUUCCGGCCCUGCGACCUCAUACACGGGGAGAUCUUAGGGAAAGGCUUUUUUGGACAAGCCAUCAAGGUGACUCAUAAAGCCACAGGAGAGGUGAUGGUGAUGAAGGAGCUGAUCCGCUGCGAUGAGGAGACACAGAAAACUUUCCUGAAGGAGGUCAAAGUAAUGCGAAGCCUCGAUCAUCCCCACGUUUUGAAGUUUAUCGGUGUGCUGUACAAGGACAAGAGGCUCAAUUUGAUAACCGAGUUUAUUGAGGGAGGCACCCUGAAGGAUUUCAUCAGAGACAUGGACCCAUUUCCAUGGGAACAAAGAGUGAGCUUUGCAAAGAGUAUUGCCUCUGGCAUGGCCUACCUUCACUCGAUGAGCAUCAUCCACAGAGACCUCAACUCUCACAACUGCCUGGUAAAACUGGACAACACAGUGGUUGUGGCCGACUUCGGACUGUCCCGACUCGUUGUCGAAGAAAAAGUAAGGCCUCCCCCCGAAAAGCCGUCCCCUAAGAAGAGAGUGUUGAGACGCAUCGAUCGAAAGAAGAGGUACACCGUUGUGGGAAACCCUUACUGGAUGGCUCCGGAAAUGCUAAACGGGAAGCGCUACGAUGAGAGGGUGGACAUUUUCUCCUUUGGAAUUGUGCUCUGUGAGAUUAUUGGAAAAGUCUAUGCAGACCCUGAGUGCCUCCCUAGGAAUCUGGACUUCGGUCUAAAUGUUGGCAAGUUUGUGGAGAAGUUCCUCCCUGAAGACUGUCCGCCAGCUUUCUUUCCACUGGCUGUGGCUUGCUGUGACCUCACACCAGAAAACCGCCCAUGUUCACAGAAGCUUGAGGAUUGGUUCGAAGCUCUCUCCUACAACCAAGAGCUGGGAAUCCCACUACCGGCUGAACUAGACGAACUGCAUCAGCGUUUUAGCCGGCUCUACUGGCCUAAAGAUCCCAGCCAGGCCGCCGACCAGCCAGCCUCCCCAACAGCCGCCUCUCCAGACUGCUCCGGCACGGCGGAAAACGGCACUUAGGACGUGUGCCAGUUGGGCCCGGCAUCUCCCAUUUGAGACGCCUCUUAAGUGCCGCACUAACACUGCGGAUGAGGAAAAGAGUGGUGCUGAACUCGAUCCGUGACAGAACUGGAUGAUCUGACAAAGCUGGACCAAGUCCCCUGCAUGGGAGCGCCACUACCUUCAUUUCAAAAUGACACAUUAGUGUAAUGAUUCUAUUUUUACUUCUGUCAUUCCAAGCCGCCGCCUAACACACAAACAGGGCCGUCCGAUGUUUACAGCGUACAAAAAACAGCAACUUACGGUGGUUGUUUUCCAGUGGACAAGCAUCUCUAUAAGGUGGAAGACUUUGAACCCUCACAUGACAGUUUUUUUCUCUCUCCUUUCUUUUCUUUUUUUUUUUUGCUGGCUCUGAAGUUGUUGUUUGCCUUGUGUGGAAUGCACACGUGAGUCCUUGCCCAAAAGAGGAAUUGCUUCACCUCACCAAUGAAGAAAAACAAAGACACAGAUCCCUGACGGUGGAGGUGUUGGUCUGGAUCAAUGCUGUGAUUGAAUAUGUAGCGUAGGAUUUAGGAUAUCUUUAGGAUUAGACGUCAGUGACUCAGUCCCAUUGUCAUUGUUUUAUUGAGGAACGUUUAGUUUUCAUGUACUUAGGAUGGCAUUAAAGACAUUUGUUUGAUUGCAAAGCUUUGGAAACAGUGGUUUCCUCUUGAUAUUGCGACCUCU